AAUCACGAACGUCCCUUGUCGUCGUCUCGUUUAUUCAAACAGCUUAUUAGUUUCUCUUGUUGUCUUUGCGGGCUACCACUGUAGCGCUAGAGAUACGACGGUCCCCCACUCAAGACAAAUCCAGCCCACUUCGAAAACGCUAGACAACGGAGUGUGCGAGUGUGCGAGAGAAAAAAAAAAAAGGAUCCCUCAUUGGCACAUUCCACACGUGUGUCAGCCAGUCAGCCAGUUAGUACCCUGGACUCCCCGGCGACUGGACAUCAUCCACAUCAGCAACAGGCACAGCCUAUGCAACGUUGACUUGCCCAGACUAUUAUCUCUCGGCAACUACUCGAGUUAUAAGCGCCCAGCCGCCCGCUAUAUCCACCGCCCCCAAAAGAGUCGGACUGCAUAGGUUACAUGUCUCAUUAGACGAACUCCAUCAAACGCCUACCUACACCUUCAUAGUCGCCUAUCGCACCCUCCGCCCACCCAACGCCGAUCCGGCCAAGCUAAGCGACCCAUAGGAAUAAGCAAUUUGGAUCGUCAGUGCUUUUUUUGUGACUGGAAUUCCGAAAGGGGAGAAGAGGAGAAAAUCCUUCUCGACCAUGUUAGGCCAAGAUCAUAAUAUGAGAAUGAGAUCUCUCGAUCCGUCUCCUCAAGUUUAUUCCCACUCGAGAUCAAGAACGUCUUCCUCCAGCGUAUUCCCACAAGCCUUCAUUCCAAUGCAGCAUCUGCAACAACCACAGCCCUCUAUGGGCCAUACACGGCGAUCCCCCUCCGUCAAUACAUUCAGCACCACCUCCAGCAACACUCCGCCUGCCGCCUACCGAACGUCGCCUACUGCCGAUAUUCGACGUAGCACGUCCUCGAGAUCAGGCGGCGGUCCUUCGACAAGCUAUGUCGCCUUACUUCGAAAGCAAAAAGCCACCGUAUGGUGCGAUCGGUCACAGUCAGAAGACCCGCGACUCCUGGCUCAACAGCGUUUGGCGAAACAAAGGGCCAAUCAAGAAGUCACAGGCGGUGUAAUACAAAGCCGCACUUCGACCGGGAUAGGAAGCACUGGUGGUAAGGUUGCUGCUAAGAUCCGCCAUCACGGCAAGCCUGGUGUGGUAGGGUACACGCCCGACAGCAAUUAUAUGGGAGUCAGCGGCGUACCGAUGCGAUUGAGCGCUACCGAGGUCGAGGGCGAAGACGGCGACGAGGAUGACUUGUCGAUGCGCCGCCUGCAUCACCGUAGGACGGGUAGCAGCGGGCGUAGCAGUACUGCCAGCAGCAGGCGAGGCCUCGCGUAUCGUACUUCCGGCGCUUCUCAGAACAGCAAGAGAUGGAGUCCUGGCGACACCCCGGAACGCGCAGGCAGCAUGGUUAUCGAGGACCCUGAAUAUCUUCCUGGGGACGAUAAGUUGGAGCGACCGCAGAGCACUCGAAGCGGGAGUAGCGCAGAGAAGGCCGAUGCUCUACCCGAACUCGGUAGCGUUAGCGCCGCUAAGCUUGCGAGUAAUAGUCUGAUGAACGCCGCACUUACGAGAGAGAAGAGCGUCAAGAACCCGGAGGACCUUCGACGCCGGGGUAGUGUGGACGAGCGUACGAUGACCCUUACAAGCGGGCGAUUAUUUAUUGCCAACCCCGAUUAAUGAGGCAGACUUUUACGUCAUGUCUUUUUUAUUAUCUUAGCAUUUCAUUUGGGCGGUUAAGAACACCACGGUGUAUCGUAGCCAUAUCGAAGGAUAUCUUGCAUUGCAACGGCGUUUAUUGGGUUUUGAAACGGAAGAGGUCAUCCUCAGGGCAUAUUGAACCCUUUAGGGACAAAGGCCAGCCCUUCAUACGGUCGUUCACGGGUUUGUUGGUUUAGUUUUGA